GUUCGUUUGUCCUGGCUGUCCCCUUCCCGCGCGAGGAAGUGGCAGGACCACGGCGGUGCCCCGGGUGGACUCAGGGCUCUGCGAGGGACGCCCGGGCCCUAGGGGCCCGGUCGUCCGCCCAGGAGAGUUGGCAUUUCGAGAUUGGGGCUUAGGCCGCCCCUCCUCCAGGACCCUCCCCUCGGGACCGCGCGGGGCGCCGCGGGUGAUCCGGGCCGGCUCUCCUGGCACGAAAAGGUGGACAAGUCCUAUUUUCAAGAGAAGAUGACUCUUAACUGUUUUGAAGGAUCUAAAACUUGUGUACCUGCAGCCAUCGAUAAAGAUGAAGAAUUUGUAGAAGAGUUUAAUAGAUUAAAAACUUUUGCUAAUUUUCCAAGUAGUUGUCCUGUUUCAGCAUCAACACUAGCACGAGCUGGUUUUCUAUAUACUGGUGAAGGAGACACCGUGCGGUGCUUUAGUUGUCACGCAGCAGUAGAUAGAUGGCAAUAUGGAGAUUCAGCAGUUGGAAGACACAGGAAAGUAUCCCCAAAUUGCAGAUUUAUCAAGAGCUUUUAUUUUGAAAAUAAUGCUGCGCAACCUACAAAUCCUGGUAUCCAAAAUGGGCAGUACAAAGCUGAAAACUGUCUGGGAAACAGAAACCAUUUUGUUUUAGACAGGCCGUCUGAGACUCACGCAGACUAUCUUUUGAGAACUGGACAGGUUGUAGAUAUGUCCGACACCAUGUACCCAAGGUACCCUGCCAUGUGUAGUGAAGAAGCUAGAUUAAGGACAUUUCAGAACUGGCCAGACUAUGCCCACUUAACCCCAAGAGAGUUAGCUAGUGCUGGGCUCUACUAUACAGGUGUUGAUGAUCAAGUGCAGUGCUUUUGUUGUGGUGGAAAACUAAAAAAUUGGGAACCUCGAGAUCGCGCAUGGUCAGAACACAGGCGACACUUUCCUAAUUGCUUCUUUGUUUUGGGCCGGAAUGUUAAUAUUCAAAGUGAAUCUGAUACCCUGAGUUCUGAUAGGAAUUUCCCAAAUUCAACACAUUCUCCAAGAAACCCAGCCAUGGCAGAUUAUGAAGCACGGAUCAUUACUUUUGGGAUGUGGAUGUACUCUGUUAACAAGGAGCAGCUUGCAAGAGCUGGAUUUUAUGCUUUAGGUGAAGAUGAUAAAGUCAAGUGCUUUCAUUGUGGAGGAGGUCUAAGUGAUUGGAAGCCCAGUGAGGACCCUUGGGAAGAGCAUGCUAGGUGGUUUCCAGGGUGUAAAUAUCUGUUAGAAGAGAAGGGACAAGAAUAUGUAAACAAUAUUCAUUUAACCCAUUUACUUGAGGAGUCUGUGGGAAGAAAUGAUGAGAAAACACCGUCACUAACUAAAAGAAUUGAUGAUACUAUCCUUCAGAAUCCUAUGGUACAUGAAGCUAUACGAAUGGGAUUCAAUUUCAGGGAUAUUAAGAAAAUAAUGGAGGAAAAAAUUCAGACAUCUGGGAGCAACUAUAAAUCACUCGAGGUUCUGGUUGCAGAUCUAGUGAGUGCUCAGAAAGACAACACGCAAGAUGAAUCAAGUCAGACUUCAUUGCAGAAAGAGAUUAGUACUGAAGAGCAGCUAAGGCUCCUGCAAGAGGAGAAGCUUUGCAAAAUCUGUAUGGAUAGAACUAUUGCUGUAGUGUUUAUUCCUUGUGGACAUCUGGUCACUUGUAAACAAUGUGCUGAAGCAGUUGAUAAAUGUCCCAUGUGCUACACAGUCAUUACUUUCAGGCAAAAAAUUUUUAUGUCUUAAUCUAACUCUACAGUAGACGUGUUAUAUUCUUAUUACUCUGAUUGAAUGUGUGAUGUGAACCAAAUUUAAGUAAUCAACAUUGAAUUCCAUUAGCAUUUGCUCCCAAGAAGAAAAAUUGUAAACUGCAGUAUUAUAGUUGGCAAUCUAAAAUUUGAAUUUCUGGAUUUUCAAAAUACUAGCUAUAUAUCUAUCCUUUUUUUUCCUAACUAUUAACUGAAACCAUAGACUAAGAAGCAUCAUAUUGUAACCGAUUGCAAUGUGUAUUUGUAGUACACUGACUUGGCUUUGAAGUGUAAGUGAAUUAAUCAGCUAAAUUUUUCAUUAUUUUCAGGUAGGCUUAGCAGGUGGAGCAUUCCGUGGAAACGUGGAGAUUAAUCUCUCCAAUCAUAUAAUUUGUUUUAUGUGAAAAAGGAGUGAACUCUUCCACAUUGGUGAAAAGAUAGAGAUUAUUUUUAGAUGUUAGUCUUUGUGUUUUAGAUUUUGUCUAUUUUCUUUUAAAAUUAUACAUACAUACUUGUGUGGAUGAUUUUUUAAAAUGAUUUUGCCAUUGUUAAAAGGGUAUUUAAUGAUAGAAUGCCAUCUACCCUACAUUGUAUCAAAUGAGCCAAAUGAAGGUUGUUUGCAUUUGUGUAUAUAUGGAACAAAAGACUGGGAAAGAUAUGUACCAAACUGUUAAAUGGGGUUUCUCUUGAGGGGGUGGGGGGGUCCCAGAGGGGCUUUACAGGGACCUUUCACUUUCUACUUUUUUCAUUUUGUUCUGUGUGAAUUUUUGUAAGUAUGAGUUACUUUUGUAAUCAGAAUUUUUAGAAAGAAUUUUACUGAUUUAAAGGCUUAGGCAUGUUCAAAUGCCUGCAAAACUACUUAUUGCUCAGCUUUAGUUUUUCUAAUCCAAGAAGGCAGGGCAGUUAACCUUUUUGGUACCAAUGUGAAAUUUAAAUGUCUUUAUGUUUGUCCUGCUUUGUGGAUGAAAAAUAUUUCUGAGUGGUAGUUUUCUGACAGGUAGACCAUGUCUUCUUCUCUUGUUUCAAAAUAAAUAUUCCUGACUUUGUAAAAUGAAAUAUAAAAUAUGUCUCAGAUCUUCCAAUUAAUUAGUAAGGAUUCAUCCUUAAUCCUUGCUAGUUUAAGCCUGCCUAAGUCACUUUACUAAAAGAUGUUUGUUAACCCAGUAUUUUAAACAUCUGUCAGCUUAUGUAGGUAAAAGUAGAAGCAUGUUUGUAUACUGCUUGUAGUUGUAGUGAAAGCUUUCCAUGUUGAGAUUCUCAUAUCUUGUAUUGUAAAGUUUCAUGUGAGUUUUUACUGUUAAGAUGAUUAAGAUGUAUAUAAGACAAAAUGUCAAGUCUCCUCUACCUUUUUUUUUUGUUUUCUUGACUAGUAAUAGUAAUGCUUAACUCUGAAGUACAUGUUCUCUCAAGAUCCUUAAAGACCUUUUGGAAAUUAUAAACUAUUGACAAGGAAAGAAGAAUAUUU